AUGCAAGUUUACGAAACAGUACAUGAAUUAAAUAUGUCAAAAAAAUACGAAUCACAGCCGUUAAUGUCAGAACAAAUGGACUAUGGAAGAUCUCCAUUCGUCGACGAUGCACAAACAACAAACCAAACAGACUCAUUAACUCAACAAAUAACUAAAGAAAGAGUAAAAACAAAAGCACUCUACGAGGAAAUUUUCAACAUCAAGAAAAGAACCCAAGACACAACUAUACAAAUGGUUUCUAAAAAUGUUACCCAUAUUCCUAUAAAUACUUGCAAAUUAACCUUAUACAAUACCUUGAUGGGCCAUCAAAAUAAAAUUUCCAAAUUAUGCUGGAGUGCUGAUUCUAGUAGAAUAUUAUCUGCAAGUUUUGAUGGUUAUAUGAUUAUUUGGGAUGCGAUUACCGGAUACAAGAAACACGCUAUUCAAUUGGAAAAUCCAUAUGUGUUAACAUGCAGCUACUCAGAAAAUGAAAAGUUGGUUGCUUCUGGUGGUUUAGAUAACAAUUGUACCAUUUAUAAGAUUAAACCAGAUACGACAAACUUUCCGGUUCUGGAAGAACGAGCUUUAAUCAACAGCAACAGUUAUCAAAUGCAAGGAAGUUUUUACCAAUCUGUCCAAUCUGUGUUGAAAGGUCACACUGCUUAUAUUUCUGAAUGUGAAUUCCUAGGGAAUAAUUCUAUAGUCACAGCUAGUGGUGAUAUGACAUGUGUUUUGUGGGAUUUGAACAAAGGGGCUAAAAGUAGAGAGUUUAUCGAGCAUACAGGUGAUGUAUUAUGUUUGGAUAUUUUCCCAAAAAACAUUCUCUCCGAUAACUUGUUCAUAUCUGGAGGUUCUGAUGGUGUUGUAAAAAUUUGGGAUUUGAGAUCUCAAAAGCCAACACAAUCUUUUGGGGUAACAAACACUGAUGUCACGUCAGUUAAAGUUUUCCCUGAUAGUAAUGCAAUCGCUGCUGGAUGCGAUGCCGGUCUGAUUAGAUUGUUUGAUUUGCGAUCUGAUUGCGAGUUGAGUCAUUACUCUCUAGCUCAUCAAGUUAGAAGCAAUCCAGAUUUACAUCUUUUGAAUUCACUUACAGCAUCAUCUAACGCAGGGAACAACAAGAAAAGUAAGCACCAUAAUGGGUACGCACGCUCGGGGUCAUUUUUCAACAGUAAUAAUUUAAUUAACAAUGCAGCUUCAAAUAUGAAUGGUGACCAAUAUAGUAUACUCAGUUCACAUUCAGUUAUUGAGAAUCAAGGUGUAUUCUCUUUGGAUUUUGGUAAGAGCGGUAGAUUCCUUUAUGCUUGUUAUUCAGAAAAUGGAUGUGUUGUCUGGGAUACUUUGAAGAAUGAAAUUAUUGGUACUCUUGGAAAUGAACACGUGAACAAAAUCAAUAAAGUGGCAGUCAGCCCUGAUGGUAUUGGAAUUGCCACUGGUUCCUGGGAUUCCACAAUCAAAGUUUGGUCUGUAUGA